GCGACGGCCCUGCGACUCCCUGACGCCAGCGCGAGGAGACCAGAGACAGGCAGCGGUAUAGUAUGGGAGCGUUGAGAGCGAGCUUGAUAGCUGUUUAUAAGGUGUCCUGUUCAGAAGUUCUGUCCUGAAGCUUUGAACACCAAGGACUACCCAGCCAUCUCAGUGGCACCUAAAAAAAUACAACAGCAGCUUUUAACCUCCAACAUUUUCCCUCACCAAGUGGACUAUCUCUCCAUUGUAAAACCCAACCCCGCAUACUCACGUGUAGCGUCCCGACAACGCCACGGUCGCAAGAGGCGACAGACACGAACGUCACUAUGAACGUCACCUCCCUGUUCUCCUUCACCAGCCCGGCCGUCAAGCGCCUCCUCGGCUGGAAACAAGGAGACGAAGAGGAAAAAUGGGCGGAGAAAGCCGUGGAUGCGCUGGUGAAGAAACUGAAGAAGAAGAAGGGAGCAAUGGAGGAGUUGGAGAGGGCUCUGAGCUGCCCGGGUCAGCCCAGUAACUGUGUCACCAUCCCUCGCUCUCUGGAUGGAAGACUCCAGGUGUCCCACAGGAAGGGCUUACCCCAUGUUAUCUACUGUAGGGUGUGGAGGUGGCCUGACCUGCAGUCUCAUCAUGAGCUCAAGGCUCUGGAGUGCUGUGAGUACCCAUUUGGCUCCAAGCAGAAGGAUGUCUGCAUCAACCCGUACCACUACAAGAGAGUGGAUAGUCCAGUGCUGCCCCCGGUGUUGGUCCCGCGGAAUAGCGAGUUCAAUGCCAAACACAGCAUGCUACCACGCUUCCGCAACCCUCUGCACCAGAACGAGCCCCACAUGCCCCAGAACGCCACCUUCCCAGAGUCCUUCUCCCAGGCGAACACCCAGAUGAACUUUCCCCAGACACAGACACACUCCCCUGGGGGGAACAGCUACCCCGGCUCCCCUGGUAGUGGUAGCAGUGCAACCUUCCCCCACUCCCCCACCAGCUCUGACCCAGGCAGCCCAUUUCAGAUGCCAGGUGAGCCGCCAGGUCAGAUGCCAGAGACCCCCCCUCCAGCCUACUUGCCCCCAGAGGAGCGGAUGACUCAGGACUGCCCUCAGCCCAUGGACACCAACCUGAUGGUCCCCGCGUUGCCCCUGGAGAUCAGUAACAGGCCAGAUGUUCAGCCGGUGGCCUACGAGGAACCUAAACACUGGUGCUCUAUAGUGUACUACGAGUUGAACAACCGGGUGGGCGAGGCGUUCCAGGCCAACUCUACCAGCGUUCUGGUCGACGGCUUCACCGACCCAUCCAACAACCGCAACCGUUUCUGCCUGGGCCUCCUCUCCAACGUCAACCGCAACUCAACCAUAGAGAACACCCGGCGACACAUUGGCAAAGGAGUCCACCUGUACUAUGUGGGUGGUGAAGUGUAUGCUGAAUGUCUGAGUGACAGCAGCAUCUUCGUCCAGAGUCGGAACUGUAACUACCACCAUGGCUUCCACCCCACCACCGUCUGUAAGAUCCCCAGCGGCUGCAGCCUCAAGAUCUUUAACAACCAGGAGUUUGCUGAGCUGCUGGCCCAGUCCGUCAACCACGGGUUUGAGGCUGUCUACGAGCUGACCAAGAUGUGCACCAUCCGCAUGAGCUUCGUCAAGGGCUGGGGUGCAGAGUACCACCGCCAGGACGUGACCAGCACCCCCUGCUGGAUUGAGAUCCACCUGCACGGUCCUCUGCAGUGGCUGGACAAGGUGCUAACCCAGAUGGGCUCCCACAACCCCAUCUCCUCCGUGUCCUAGACAAAACUUUCCCCAGGCCCCAGGGCUGUCCAAACCCAGCAUUUAGGUUCCAGUGGGAUGGGUGGGUUUCAGGUUGGGGGUCAAUUCUAAUUGAAAUCAGUCAAUUCAGGAAGUAAACUGGAAUUUUAAGAGAAUCUAAAUUAAAAUUGGAAAUUCGGUUUAUUUACUGUAUUGACUGAAUUGAAAUGGAAUUGACCCCAACCCUGGUGGGUUUGUACUUGAGGGAUUAUGUCUGAAAUUGGGCACAUUGCAGACUGGGACGUGGGGGGGGGGGGUGAGAUAGAAGCAUCUGGAAGAUACUUGAUCUUUGUGACCAACUGUAAUAAUUAUCAAUCAGACUCGAAUCAUUAUAAACUAAUCAUCAAUUUAGCAUUACGCAAAGUAUCCUCCUCAUAUGGGGCCCAUAUUCAGAAAGAGUCUGAACGAGGAUCAGUUUGGCCUUUUAGAUCAGAAUGAAUAAAUGUAUAUGGACUGGGGGGACCUGAACAUAGAUCAGCACUCUAAUACGUGAAUAUGGGUCCCUGAUCUUGUUCUGGCAGUUUUUCCCUCUUUCUUUCCCCUUCCCCUGUUUUUUGGGUUAACAUUGGAAACCCAUAAAGCCAGUUUCAUGUGUUGCUACAAUGAAAAAUGUGUACAGAAUUGGAAGGAUUGGAAGACAACCAAUAUGGAUGAAAAAAUGUAGAAAUAUUAUGUUUCUUAUGAACAUAUUUAGAACGUAGGAAGAUACUGAGGUCAGUAAAUACAAAUGUCUCUCCAGAACCCUACAUUUUUUUGUUUUUUUUAGGUUUUGGCAAAUUAAAAAGAGUUGAAGAAAAAGACCCCUACAUAAAAUCCCUUUAGAUUAUUUACAAACCCUGUCAUGAGGAGAAAUCAGGAGAGGGCGUCCGUGGGAGCGGGGUGGGAGAGUGAGGUGGGCAUUGUGGGAUUGUGCUCACAGGACAUAAGAUUUUAAAAAUUGUACAUAAAUAAAUACUUCUCUUGUGUUACAACUGAACUUAACGACUUGAAUCGUGUUUUAGUCAUACUCAACAUUAGAUCAAAGUGCUGUGCAGUCGGUUUUGCAAACGCGUAGUUUGGUUUAGUGUAGCAAAUCACCGUUUGGCUUGUUUAGGUUGUGACUGAAGAAUGACAUGAGACAGAGACAGAGACAGAGACGGGCACAAGCGUAUGAUAGUUCAGUUUGACCCUAGCUGUGCAUGGUACAGCAAAAAAAGAAAAUAAUCAAUUGUAGAGUCACAUAGAGCCCCACAGUGGAGGUGUCAUAAUACCCAUAAAACCUAGUGGUCAAACAGGGAAAUGGUUCCAAUCAUUUUUCCCAUAGGGGAUUUUAGAAACACUUCAAAUAAGGACUGUGUUUUGAAGCUUACCCUGGCGUGACGUUUUUGAUAACUAUGUAAAUCGCUCUUGGACAAGGUGACUUAUCCCGAUAUCUUGCCCCAGAUAUCAUCCAGAGAUGUGGUGCUUACCAGUGUUGCCUUAGACCUACUCUCAAAACUUACCGCUGCCCUCAAUGUCACUAACUUAAGCCUCUGAAACCGGCGACAGUCACUUAUUCUAUUCUUGAUUAUGAUUUUUACUAUAUUAUGCUAUUUACUCUGAGAUUUGACAAUGCCAAUUAACAUCAAAGUAGACAUCAUGCAAAACUACAAAUCCUUUCAAGCUCCUGCAGGUCAUCACUAGCUGAUACCUUUGCUAACAGGUAUUGUGCAUUUAGAACUUGCACAAGACAGAUAACAGAAUUGUUAAUUUAAAGAAAUAUAACCAAUUUAUUCAUUACUACAUUUAGCCAACAUUAGAUAGUUAAUCCAGAGAUUUUUACCUUUGCCUCGAUUCGGCAGGCUCGUCCAGAUCAUCAUGGCAUUAAUAGUUCUUUAUGAUAGCCACAUUAGCAGCUAAUUAGCGUUUCAUUUUUGGGGGUGAAUAUAUUACUAAGUCACCUUGUCCUAGAGAAAUUUACACGGUUGUCAAAACGCCACGCCAGGGUAAGCAUUCAUGAAAUACAGCCCUCAUUUGAAAUGUUUCUAAAAUCCCCUAUGGGAAAAAUGAAUGGCAGAAUAACGAUUGGAACCAUUUCUCUGUUUGACCGCCAGGGUUUAUGGAUAUUAUGACACGUAAAACAAUGGCAUCCUUCAGAACUUAUUGACCAAAAAAAAAAAAUAGUAGUUUCACUGGUGAGUAAAUUACUGAUGGCCCUAAUACAUGAUUUGAUCAUUUAAAAAAAAAAUGCAGACUGUUUUUGUCUUUCAAUUAUUGUAGGCUUAGAAAACCCCAUCUGCUAUUACAAGUUGUAUUGAUUUUUGUAUUUUUUGAAUAUGUUUUCUUGUUUCUUGUUAUCUGCACUUUCACGGAUUGUUGCCUCUUCUUUUUUUUCUUUCUUUUUUUUCUUUGUGCUGUUUUUGCUGAGUAGUACUCCCAGAAAGCAGUUUUAUUCCAUGAAUAUCAAGUCUCUACUGGAAGAUUCAAUAAAUAAAGUUGUUUCAUUA